AUGCAUCGCAGCAACCUAGGUUCUGCGCUUCUGGCUUUUGCGAACCUGGUAGGCUUCGCCAACUGUGCGCCCGCAACCUCGUCUACAUCAACCUCGUCUACAUCGUCAUGCAAAUGCUUCCCUGGUGAUGCAUGCUGGCCCAGUAACAGUGAUUGGGCCGCGUUCAACAAGACUGUUGAUGGGCGUCUGAUUGCGACGACUCCUCUGGGAUCGCCGUGCCACGGUGCAUCCUACAAUGAGGCCGAAUGCCAGUCUCUGCAGGACAAUUGGCUAUUCUCUCCAAUCCACUACGCCUCGUCGUCGUCGGUCAUGGCGCCUUUGUUCGCAAAUGCGAGCUGCGACCCAUUCCAACCGGCUGACACGCCUUGCACUCUCGGCAAUUAUGUGCGAUAUGCGGUCAAUGUGUCAACGCCUGCUCAUGUCACAGCAACGCUCAAAUUCGCGGCGCAGCGCAACAUCCGCUUCGUCAUCCGCAACACGGGGCAUGACUAUAACGGCCGCUCAACUGGUGCAGGCGCCCUCUCUGUUUGGACUCAUAAUCUCAAGGACACCGAGGUUUUGGACUGGAGCGAUAAGUAUUACACCGGCAAGGCCCUCAAGAUUGGAGCUGGUGUCCAGGGCUUUGAAGCUCUCGAGGCAGCACACGCAGCAGGUUUAAUUGUAGUGACGGGAGAAUGCCCCAGUGUUGGCAUUGCCGGAGGAUACGUCCAAGGAGGCGGCCACUCCGCUCUCAGCACCAUUUAUGGCUUGGCGGCCGACAAUGCCCUUUCAUAUGAUGUCGUGACUCCCAACGGAACGCUCGUGACUGCCACCCGGACUCAGUAUAAUGAUCUUUACUGGGCAUUGAGCGGCGGCGGCGGCGGCAACUAUGGUGUUGUAGUGUCCGUGGUUUUCCAAGCGCAUCCUGACAACAUUGUCAGCGGCUCCAAGUUUGCCGUUGCCACCACUUCCUCCGAGACACUGUACGCAGUCAUUGACGCGUUCCACGCCGCUCUGCCUGCCAUUGUGGACUCGGGUGUCAUGAUCAUCUACUUCUUCGGCCCGGGAUUCUUCCAGGUGCCUGCCAUGACGGCAUAUGGCAAGACGCAAGACGAGGUUGUGGCCAUUCUGAAGCCUUUUGUUGACUCUCUGGCGGCACUCAAUGUCGACCUGACGCCCACGUACACGCAGUUCCCCAGCUACUUUGAUCACUUCCAGAACUACUGGGGCCCAUUUCCUGCUGGCAACAUCCAGGUCGGCACGGACCUGUUUGGUGGCCGACUGAUUCCCCGCUCCGUGCUGCCGAAUUUCUCUCCGACGGCGCAGAAGCUAGUCGAGCUCGGCGUGACCUUUAUCGGAGUCGGACUCAACGUCUCUCACUUUGGCGGCAACAACGCCAACGCCGUGCUGCCGCAGUGGCGAUCGUCCAUUGUCGAGGUGUCACUGACGCUGCCGUACAGCUUCCAGGUUCCCUUCCAGGACAUGAUUGCCACGCAGGACACCAUCACCAACGUCGUCCAGCCCGUCAUCGAGGCGGCCACGCCCGGUGCCGGUGCCUACAUGAACGAGGCCGACUUCCAGCAGCCUGACUUUCAAGAAACCUUUUUCGGCGCCAACUACCCCCAGCUGCUCAAGAUCAAGCAAAAGUAUGACCCCACGGGUCUGCUGUAUGCGAGGGCGGCCGUGGGCAGCGAGGCUUGGACGGUUGCGGAGAAUGGCCGGAUGUGCAGAACUCAGUCAUGA